AUACUAUUUGGACAAGAAUAUUUAUGACACCAUGAAGUUCUAAUCUUAUAGUUCUUGACAAAGAGCAUAUCACUACGUGUUCUUGAAAACCAGUUGAAAACAGUCUUUUGACAUGAGCCCAGACAUAGAAAACAAAAAACAACAAAAACUUAUGUCAAAAAAAUUGAAACAGACAAAUUAGCUGUUUUACAAAAUCAAGAAGUAAAAAUAUGAAUAAAUAAAAAAUAUAAAUAAGCCGCGACAAACAAAAUGUAAUAUCACUUUCAGUUUGUUGCAAAAUGGUUUUCAGUCUUGCUAUGUUCCAGUGAAAUCAAAAUGGGUGGCGGGUCUAGCAGACCCUCAUUAAAACACUGUACGUUAUGGAAAGCCGACCGAAGUCCUGCGUGCCGUGCCGUCAUGAUGGCCUUAGAUGCCAUGAACAUCGAUGUCCGUGAAGUUGACGUCAAUUUGGACAAGGGAGAACAUAGGAGUGCAGAGAUCACGGCGAUGAACCCUCGUCAAACUUUGCCAAUUUUAAAGGAUAAAGAUUUGGUACUAAGCGACAGCAACGCCAUUGCAACAUAUAUGGCAUCACGUUACGGCUCUGCCGCAGCGAACAUGUUACUACCCACCGACCCGUCCGGUCGGGCCCUGGUUGAACAGUAUAUGCACUUCAACAGUAGUGUUCUCUACCCGCAGUAUAAAGCCGCUUCAAAUCCAAUCCUCUACCAGAACUGUCGUGUGAUCGCCAUGCCAACUUUCUGUGAGAUCCACUGCGCGUACUAUGACAUGGAGAACAUGCUGAAUGAUCGGCCAUGGUUCAACCGCGGCAACUGGCCGUCAAUGGGCGACAUCAUGCUAGCGGCUACGGUCAGCACUCUGCACAUAUUGGUGCCGAUACAAAAGAAAAAAUAUCCGAAACUGGCUUCGUGGCUCUUCCGCAUGUCUGAGCGCAAUUUCUACAUCACGGCGAACAAGAACGGCCUCGCUGAAUUCGCGAAAAGAAUAAAUAUUAUGGAGAGUCACCCAAUAUUGAAAGAAACGCAGGAGAUUUAUAAAGCAGCACCUCCUGAACAGAAACAAAUCAAGCAGCAAGAAGAUCAAGGAGACAGCAACGAUACUGCAGUUAUCAUGGAAUCGCGGAAGCCAGUUGACAAGCCAGUUAAGUACAAAGGUUGCACUAUAAAGGUCAAAUCUAAGAUCUACCAGCCUUGAACAGACUUUUGUUUGCGCUAGGUGAGAGAUGUUGUUACCUCGCGGAUUUGCAAGACCUUCGUAACCCUAGUCCCAAGCUCAAGCCGAAAACUGAAUGAGGGGACUGAUCUGCUACCCAUACUUACAAAUUGAAGAUUAGAGCAAAUUUACCUGUUACCUGCCAUUUUUGAAAUUAACCCAAUUUUUUUAAAGUUAAGGUUUGUUACAACAGUCAUGUUAUUUGGUGUCGAUGUUAACUAGUUUCGUAAAAUGACAUUAAUUUAAUACUGAACUUAUGAAAGUUUUUGUGGAAUUAUUUGUAAUGUAACCAACUAUUAAUGAAAUAUAUAAAGUAAUGUAUUA